AUGAAGACCCUGCUGCUGUUGGCUGUGACCAUGACCUGUGGUUUGCUGCAGGUACAUGGGAAUCUGAUACAAUUUGCAGACAUGAUCAAGUACAUAACUGGGAAGAGCGCUGUUCUGAAUUAUAAUGGCUAUGGCUGUCACUGUGGCGUGGGUGGCAAAGGAGCUCCCAAGGAUGAAACAGAUCGAUGCUGUUUCAUCCAUGACUGUUGCUACCGCCGUCUGGAUGAUCUUGGGUGUCGCACCAAACUUCUGAGCUAUAAUUACAGCAAGAGUGGAGGCAACAUCAUUUGUGAAAAGGAGGACAGCUGUAGGAAUGCAGUAUGUACAUGUGACAGGGCUGCUGCCUACUGCUUUGCCAAACACCAGAACUCCUACAAUAAAAACUACUGGAAUUACCCCAACCUGCUGUGCACUGGAAACAAACCAAGCUGUUGA